CAUCCCCGUCCUUUAUAAAGGAAGGUGGCAAUGGCGUCUCCACCGUGUAGCCGGCUGUUGCUUGCCUAGUACUUCCCACAUCAAGCAAAGCUACUUCGCUUGCAACCGUUUGUUAGCUAGACUAGACACUUCUUGCUGCAACGAGCUCGUUGCUUUUCUUGGCGGUUAGCUGAUCACCGGCGAGGCAGAAGCUAUCAAUGGGGAGGCAGCCGUGCUGCGACAAGGUGGGGCUGAAGAAGGGCCCGUGGACGGCGGAGGAGGACCAGAAGCUCGUCAGCUUUCUCCUCACCAACGGACAGUGCUGCUGGCGCGCCGUGCCCAAGCUCGCUGGGUUGCUGCGGUGCGGGAAGAGCUGCCGGCUUCGGUGGACCAACUACCUGCGGCCGGACCUGAAGCGCGGGCUGCUGUCGGAGGAGGAGGAGAGGACGGUGAUCGACCUGCACGCGCAGCUCGGCAACCGGUGGUCUAAGAUCGCGUCGCAUCUGCCGGGGAGGACGGACAACGAGAUCAAGAACCACUGGAACACGCACAUCAAGAAGAAGCUCAGGAAGAUGGGCAUCGAUCCCGUCACCCACAAGCCCCUCCAGCCCGCUCCUCCCCCUCCUCCUACUCAGCAGCCGGAGGAGGAGAAUACCGCAGUGGGCGCCGCGUCAGGUGGUGAGCACGAAGCGUUCUGCACCGACGAGGUGCCCAUGGUGCACCUCCUGGACGACAUCGUCUUCCGGUGCGACGACGUCGUUGGCGAGCCGCCCGCCGCGGCCAACAGCAGCAGAAGCACGGCUAGUUCGCUCGAGUCUUCCUCGUUGUCGUCCUCGUCGUCCUACUCUGCCUCGGCGUCGAGCGUCAUGGACGGCGAGUGGCCGGAGUGGCCGCAGAUGAUGGAGUGGCCGGAGUCGAUGUGGCUGGGCCUGGACGACGUGGUCACGGGCCCGGCGCCGUGGGAGUUCGAGGACCCCUUCGUCACGGACCAGAGGAUCGCGCUGUUCGAUCACCAGGAGACAUGGAACACCGGCAAGUUCGAGCUCUUCUGAAUCCGCACCCACCAUUCUUUGUAGCUAAAAAUUAAUCGUCAUGCGCACGCAUUAUGUUCCUAAGAAAUUUGUUGCAGGUUUGUGUUGCUCGUCACGUACCGCCGCUGCAUUUUUAUGAAGUGGUUCUGAGAGAAUACAUAUAAGCGCCCUCUUUUUUUUUAUAUAUGUAUCUAGACACUGUUUUGUUUCCAGAGAAUAAGUACUUAGAAUUUUAUCCUAAUUUUUUUAGGACUAUCUUGAUCUUUAUGGAUGAUCCCGCAUCGGAAAUAUGAAACCACUUUGUACAUGCGUGUUUUUACACAGACGUUUAUAUUGUAGUCCAUGUUUUG